UAAACCAUUCGUCUGUCUCAAUCGCUGGAUGGGAUUUACUCCAAGGCAAACAUCAACUGAACUAGGUUUACUUUUUCUUUUAAAUAUAUUUCCUUCUCAUACAGAGGUGCCAUAACUCAACCCUGACCUAACAACAAGCGCAAUCUAAUCCAUAUCCAUUACCAAAGAACUAAUCAAGAGCCUGAGCCCUACUAUACAUUAGUGCGUCAGUGGUUUUUGCCGGUCCCUGAUUCACGAAUACACGAAGGUGGUAAACAGUACAGUGGUACCCACAAGUGCCAGUGUAGGAUGUCAGUAAUCAAACAGACCGACACGACGUUCGUCCUCAUGUUAUAUUUAUACUUGCUAUCAAACAUGCCAGCCUUGGUCGAUGCGGCCUCCGUUACCUACAGGAUGAACCUGGGGGGUUAUGAGAAAAGCUGCGACCCCAGAGGCUGUCGGUACACUGGCGAAAUGACAGGAGAGGUAUGGCACUCGGCCAUGACAGCCCAAGAGUGUUCGGAUCCCGACUGGGCUACCCACUCGUCUAUCAGACUUGAGUACUGCUCUACAGACUCGGAGUGUUCACACAAUAGGUCAUGGAUGAAUUUCUGCUACCUAGAGUUGAAUCCUUGUCUUGACGACGGAUGUUUGCCGGAUGCUCACUGCUCAUGCGCCAAGGGAAACCCCAGCGUCAUCCGGUUUCUGCCGACUAAACUGAACGCGAAGUACCGAUUGGCCGAAUAUAAAUUGGUCGACGCGACAGCUAAAGAUGACAUGGAGAUUGUCUCCAGGAGCAAUGUUGUUGACUCUUCAGAGAAGUCUGAGAACUUUACUGUUGACGUCAGCGUUACCAAGCGACGACUUGAGCAGUCAAUGAACAGAAGCUGGCAGACUCGUGCAGGAACCGCCGCCAUCUUGAUAGGAAGUUUAUCCGCCAUCUUGGUUAGGUGCGACCAGCUGAUUACAGAAUUCUGAGGACAAAUUGUUCAGUGAUUUCUCUGCUCCCCCACCCCACACGGGACUCUC